AUGUCAGAAACUGAGCUGGAAAAGAUAAAAGUAAGAGCAGCUGAACAUUUUGAAAAUGAUAAAAAUAACAUUUCUUGGUUGAAAGAAGGAUUUCUCAGUUCAAUACAAAAUCCUCUUGAAGAUCCUGAUAUGCAGCUCACAAGUGAAAAACAUACAGAAGAGAAACCCAUUAAUGCUAUUGUUAUAAAUUCAGUAUCUGAAUUCAGUAUCGCAGAUGGACCAACCAAGGAAACUUCCAAGGAGAAAAAACUGUCAGAAUCCACCGCAUCACUGUCCUCCCUUGAAGAAUGCCAGACAAAAUUUUCUUACCUUCAAACUGAUACUUCAGCUCAUCAGAGAGACACUGAUGAGGAGUGUGCCUCCCUUAUCCUUGCCUGUCUGUUUUGCCAGUUUUGGGAUUGUCUCCUGAUGCUCCCCGAUACGUGUGAAGUGGUAUGUACCAACUUGUGCUGCCCCUCUCACAGGUAUCACCACACCUCGGAUGAAAGCCACUCUCGAAAUGACUGCAACUGCAGCUGUGACAUGGACUGCAGCCUCUUUGAAUCUUGCCAUGAGACCGGCGAGUGUCUGGAGCUGGCCAUGGAAAUUUCAGAAAUCUGUUACCGCUAG